CGAUGAAUGGAGUCGCCUUCUGCCUGGUCGGGAUCCCGCCCCGCCCGGAGCCCCGGCCCCCUCAGCUGCCGCUGGGCCCGAGAGAUGGGUGCUCCUCGGGGCGCCCCCUCCCCUGGCAGGGGCCGCGGACACUUCUGCUGCGCAAAAGUCUCCAGGACGGCUUUGGCUUCACCUUGCGCCACUUCAUCGUGUACCCGCCCGAGUCAGCUGUGCACUGCAGCCUGAAGGAGGAAGAGAAUGGAGGCCGAGGAGGAGGACCCUCCCCCCGGCACCACCGCCUGGAGCCCAUGGAUACCAUCUUCGUCAAGAACGUGAAGGAUGACGGCCCCGCCCACAGAGCAGGCCUCCGCACCGGAGACCGGCUGGUGAAAGUGAACGGGGAGAGCGUCAUUGGGAAGACCUACUCCCAGGUCAUAGCUCUGAUCCAGAAUAGCGAUGACACUCUGGAGCUUUCCAUCAUGCCCAAGGAUGAAGACAUCCUCCAGCUGGCCUACUCCCAGGACGCCUACCUGAAGGGGAACGAGCCAUAUUCUGGAGAGGCCCGGAGCAUCCCAGAGCCGCCCCCGAUCUGCUACCCUCGAAAGACUUAUGCCCCGCCAGCCCGGGUCUCCACCUGGGCCACUAUGGUGCCUGAGCCCCUCUCAGCACUGCCCAGUGACCCCCGGAGUCCUGCUGCCUGGAGCGACCCGGGGCCCCGCGUCCCUUCCGCCACCCGCACCCAUCCGGACCACUCUUCCUUGGGGAUGAGCCAGCCCCGCCCCAGCCCUGGUGCCUUCCCCCGCCUCCCCUCGGAGCCCCGGACGCCCCGUGCCUUCCCGGAGCCUGGCAGCCGGGUGCCCCCCAGCAGACUGGAGUGCCAGCAAGCCUUGUCACACUGGCUGUCAAACCAGGUACCCCGCAGGGCGGGGGAGAGACGGUGCCCUGCCAUGCCCCCCCGGGCCCGCAGUGCCUCCCAGGACCGGUUGGAGGAUGUGACUGCCCACCACCCGUGGCCCUGCUCCACCUCCCAGGGUGCCUUGAGCCAGUUGGGUCACGAGGGCUGGCACCGAGCCCGCUCAGACGACUACUUGAGCCGGGCCACCCGCUCAGCCGAGGCACUGGGUCCAGGAGCACUGGUGUCACCCCGUUUUGAGCGCUGUGGCUGGGCUUCCCAGCGUCCGUCUGCCCGCACCCCUGCCUGCCCACCCAGGGACCUUCCUGCGUCCCAGGCCCCACCCCCGCCUGGUCUGCAAGGCCUGGAUGACAUUGGCUACAUCGGGUACCGGAGCUACAGCCCGUCAUUCCAGCGCCGGACUGGCCUCUUGCACGCACUGUCCUUCCGGGACUCACCCUUUGGGGGGCUGCCCACCUUCAACUUGGCUCAGUCGCCUGCAUCGUUCCCACCGGAAGCCUCCGAACCGCCCAGGGUUGCCCGCCCAGAACCUAGCACCCGGGCUCUGGAGCCUGCCGGCGAGGAUCGCCGUGAUGAGGUGGUUCUGAGGCAAAAGCCUCCCACGGGCCGGAAGGUCCAGCUGCCCCCUGCAAGACAGAUGAACCUUGGGUUUGGCGAAGAGGCCCCAGAGCCAGAGUCCAGUGGGCGAGUGGAACGCCUGGGCAGGAAGGUGGCCCCUUUGGCCACUACUGAAGACUCUCUGGCUUCCAUCCCCUUCAUUGAUGAGCCCACCAGCCCCAGCAUUGACCUCCAAGCCAAGCAUGUCCCUGCCUCCGCCGUGGUCUCCAGCGCCAUGAACUCAGCCCCCGUCCUGGGCACCAGCCCAUCCUCCCCAACUUUCACCUUUGCCCUUGGCCGCCAUUACUCCCAGGACUGCAGCAGCAUCAAGGCCGGCCGCCGCUCCUCCUACCUGCUGGCCAUCACCACGGAGCGCUCCAAGUCCUGCGACGACGGGCUCAAUACCUUCCGGGAAGAGGGCAGGGCUCUGAGGCGCCUGCCAAACCGAGUACCCAGCCUGCGGAUGCUGCGAAGCUUCUUUACUGAUGGGUCCUUGGAUAGCUGGGGUACUUCCGAUGAUGCCGACGCUCCUUCUAAGCGACACUCGACCUCUGACCUCUCGGACGCAACCUUCAGCGAUAUCAGGAGAGAAGGCUGGUUGUAUUAUAAACAGGUCCUCACCAAGAAGGGGAAGAAAGCGGGCGGCGGCCUGCGCCAGUGGAAGCGGGUGUACGCCGCGCUGCGGGCGCGCUCCCUCUCGCUGAGCAAGGAGCGGCGGGAGCCCGGGCCGGCGGCGGCGGCGGGGGCGGCGGCGGCCGUCGCAGGUGAGGACGAGGCGGCGCCCGUCUGCAUCGGCUCCUGCCUGGUGGACAUCUCCUACAGCGAGACCAAGAGGAGGCACGUGUUCCGGCUGACCACCGCUGACUUCUGUGAAUAUCUCUUUCAGGCUGAGGACCGGGAUGACAUGCUGGGCUGGAUCAGAGCGAUCCGAGAGAACAGCAGGGCCGAGGGCGAGGACCCCGGCUGUGCCAACCAAGCUCUGAUCAGCAAGAAGCUUAAUGAUUAUCGCAAAGUAAGCCAUAGCUCUGGGCCCAAAGCUGACUCUUCCCCAAAAGUCUCUCGUGGCCUGGGGGGCCUCAAGUCUGAGUUCCUCAAACAGAGUACUGCACGUGGCCUCAGGACUCAGGACCAGUCGGCGGGGAACAAGGAUGACAGCGCUGCCACUCCCAAAACCCCGUGGGGCAUCAACAUCAUCAAGAAGAACAAGAAAGCAGCUCCUAGGGCGUUUGGGGUCCGGCUGGAGGAGUGCCAGCCAGCCACGGAGAACCAGCGGGUCCCCUUGAUCGUGGCCGCAUGCUGCCGCAUCGUGGAAGCACGGGGGCUGGAGUCCACGGGCAUUUACCGAGUACCGGGCAACAAUGCAGUCGUGUGCAGCCUACAGGAGCAGCUCAACCGUGGGCCCGGGGACAUCAACCUACAGGAUGAGCGCUGGCAGGACCUCAAUGUGAUCAGCAGCCUGCUUAAGUCCUUCUUCCGAAAACUGCCUGAGCCUCUUUUCACCGAUGACAAAUACAACGACUUCAUCGAGGCCAAUCGCAUUGAAGACUCGAGGGAGCGGAUGAAGACACUCCGGAAGCUGAUCCGGGAUCUCCCAGGGCACUACUAUGAGACACUCAAAUUCCUCGUGGGCCAUCUGAAGACCAUUGCCGACCACUCGGAGAAAAACAAGAUGGAGCCCAGGAACCUGGCCCUGGUCUUCGGGCCGACGCUGGUGAGGACGUCGGAGGACAACAUGGCGGACAUGGUGACCCACAUGCCUGAUCGCUAUAAGAUCGUGGAGACGCUGAUCCAGCACUCAGACUGGUUCUUCAGCGAUGACGAGGACAAGGGAGAGAGAACCCCUGUGGAUGACAAGGAGCCUCAAUCAGUGCCCAACAUUGAGUACCUCCUGCCUAACAUUGGCAGGACAGUGCCCCCUGGUGACCCAGGUUCAGAUUCCACCACCUGCAGUUCAGCCAAGUCCAAGGGCUCGUGGGCCCCCAAGAAGGAGCCGUAUGCCCGGGAGAUGCUGGCGAUCUCCUUCAUCUCGGCGGUCAACCGCAAGCGGAAGAAGCGGCGGGAGGCGCGGGGGCUGGGCAGCAGCACCGACGACGACUCGGAGCAGGAGGCGCACAAGCCCGAGGCGGGGGCGCCGGCGCCGGGGGCGCGGGACCGGCCGGAGGGGCCGCCGCCGGGCGCCGCCGCCCCCGAGGCUCCGGGGCGCUUCAGCCCCCCUGCGGCGCCGGACGAGCGGCCGGCCGCGGACACGCGCUCCAUCGUCUCGGGCUACUCCACCCUGUCCACCAUGGACCGCAGCGUGUGCUCGGGCGCCGGGGGCCGGCGGCCGGGCGCGGGGGACGAGGCGGACGAUGAGCGCAGCGAGCUGAGCCACGUGGAGACGGACACAGAGGCCGGCGCAGGGUCCGGGGGGCGCCCGGCACGCCGGCCCUCCUUCAGCUCGCACCGCCUCAUGCCCUGCGACACGCUGGCGCGCCGCCGCCUGUCCCGCGGCCGCCCGGACGCCGAGGGCGCGGGCGCGGGGCGGGGCGGCUCCCGGGCUGCGGAGCCGCCGGGCUCCGCGUCGUCCAGCAGCCAGGAGUCGCUGCGCCCCCCGGCGGCCGCGAUGGUGGCGGCGCUGGGAUCGCGGCCGUCGCGCAUCGAGGCGCUGCGGCUUCGCCUCCGCGGCACCGCCGACGACAUGCUCGCCGUGCGGCUGCGGCGGCCGCUGUCGCCGGAGACGCGGCGACGCCGGAGCAGCUGGCGGCGCCACACGGUGGUGGUGCAGAGCCCGCUGACCGACCUCAACUUCAACGAGUGGAAGGAGGUGGGCGGGGGCGGCGCCCCGGAGCCCGUGGGGCCCCGGGCGCACAGCGACAACAAGGACUCGGGCCUCAGCAGCCUGGAGUCCACCAAGGCCCGGGCGCCGUCGUCCGCGGCCUCGCUGCCGCCCGGAGACCCGGGGGCCCUGCAGAGCCAGCCCCCGCGCCGCUCCGCCGCCUCCCGCCUCCACCAGUGUCUGUGACCAGCCUCCCCCCACCCCCGCCGGUCCCUCUCCUCCAGCCUUCUCUGGCUUGCACCCCUCUCCUCUUGCGCCCCACCCCCACCCCCGUGCAUCUGGCGCUGCAGGCCGCGUCUCUAGUUUGUGUGCGGGAUUGGGCUGCCCAGGCCAACGGGACAGGGAGCAGGAGUGGGAGGGAGGGGGCCCCCGGAGGUAAGAGGAAGGGGGAAGAGAGAGAGGGACAGGCUGCAGGAGCUCUGUGACAGAGUGGGCCCUUCUGUGUCUGCACUUAGAGACGCUCGUUGGCCUUGGGGUGUGGAUAGGGAACCGCCCCCCUCCCUGAGUCUCGGACUAAAGGAAAGACCCGGGCUGAUGCUGACUCUUCGCUGAGGCCAGUGCAGGGGGGUGGGGGGCGGGGUGAUGUAGGGUCGUGGCGUGCGUGGGGGGAGGGGUAUGUGUGCGAGCGUGCUAGUCACUGUCAGAAGGUGUCUCCAGUAGCAACUUCCGCCUCUCCUGCCCCUUGUUCCCGCACCUCCCCACAUACAGCAGCCCCCCACCCCUCCCUCCGUGCAUCCAGGGAUCCUGCCCCUGCUGCUUGUCAGAGCCAGAGAAGCAAGUCAGGGCCACCCCACAGAGGCGGGACUGAGACUCUUACCAGGGUUAUUCCUCUCACCAACUUUUGGCCAGCCUCUAAACCGCCCUCACUAAGCUUGUUGACCGUGGGAGCUGGCCGCCUGUCCCCCAGACAGUUUUGGGAGGGUCCAGGGUACCCCCAUCUCCCUUGCCUCUCUCUUUGUUCUUCCAGCUGUGCCUGCUGCUUCCACAAUUCAGGCACACAGACCCCCCACCUCCUUCCCUUUAGGAGGGGGCGUAGUAAAUGUCCCUGGUGUCUCUCUUACACACACACACACACACACACACACACACACACACAGAUUUAUGGGGUCUGAGCUGGGCUGUUCCUUCAGGAUGGGCGGGACCCAGCCCCCUCUUCUCCCCACAGGUUGUAAAUAGACCUCAGACCACCAGCCCCCCCCACCCCCACGCCCGCACUUAACUGCAGGGAAGUCCAGGAGGGGCUGUGAACCCCACUGCCACGUCUAUCAGUCCUCUUGUUUUAUGCAAAGAUUUGCUGUAAAGUAGAUUUCUCUCUCCUCCCUCCCCCACUCUUUUACUGUAAAUAUUGUCUCUAAAUGUGUAACAUAUUAUAAAGAAUUUAUAAGGAUUUUUAAAGAUGUUUUGCUCAUUUAAAAAAGUGUUGUAACAGUGUUGGAUCAGCCUCUGGCCCCACGUGUGCAUGUCUCCUUUCACUGUGUCCUUGACACACCUCUCUAGGCGACAACUAAGAUUUCCUGCUUCUGAAAAGUCCUGUCUUAAAAGUAUAGUCUAUAUCUUGGAAAUAAAUGGCCUUCCUGGAGGCACGA